CCACCUCAGGGCACUGAUUGCCUAGAUUGAUUUCAGGUGUGGAGCUGCACCAGUCUGCUAGGUAGUCUGCUAGCUGGAGGGAGAAGGGAGCUUCAGUCAGACAUCAGCAGGAGCAGUGGACACGAGCUGCUUGUCCAAAUGUCGACGGCAGUCUGAACACAGGGCUCAGGAAUGGCUACGGGAAUCACUUGUGCCAAAGUGUUACGCUUCGUUCGGAGCCUGACCCGAAAGAAGCCCCUGAAGCCGGAGGGCGAGGAGUCCAACUUCUGCCGAUGCCUGACCACCUUGGACCUGGUGGGCCUGGGCGUCGGCAGUACCCUCGGGGCCGGUGUCUACGUGCUGUCCGGAGAGGUGGCCAGGGAGGUGGCAGGCCCCAGCAUCAUCAUCUCCUUCCUGGUUGCGGCGGUGGCUUCCGUGUUUGCCGGAUUGUGUUACUCAGAGUUUGGAGCCCGGGUCCCCAAGACGGGCUCAGCUUACCUCUAUAGCUAUGUGACUGUGGGGGAGGUGUGGGCGUUUGUGACCGGCUGGAACCUGCUGCUGUCCUACGUCAUCGGAACAUCUAGUGUGGCCAAAGCCUGGACCGGGACCUUUGAUGACCUCCUAGACAACGUUAUUGCUCAAACUCUGGGAAAAGAUACGCCAAUGGACUCCCCUGGCUUGGCUCCAUACCCAGACUUCUUUGCUGCUGGACUGAUUAUGUUACUUGCUGGGAUUCUUGCGUACGGCGUAAAGGAGUCAGCGGUCAUCAACACAGUUUUUACUGCGGUGAAUGUAACCGUGUUAGUUUUUAUUAUCAUCUCUGGCUUUAUAAAAGGAGACCUCAACAACUGGCACAUCAGCCAGGAGACGAUCCUGAACGCAACUCUUCUCAUGGAGAACUUGACAUCGACACAAAAUGAAACUGUUGACUUUGGCGUUGGUGGCUUCUACCCCUUUGGCUUCGAAGGCACGUUAGCGGGAGCGGCGACCUGUUUCUAUGCUUUUGUUGGAUUUGACUGCAUUGCCACAACAGGGGAGGAGGUGAAAGACCCGCAGAAAGCAAUCCCUAUUGGGAUCGUGGUGUCCCUGAUCAUCUGCUUCUUGGCCUACUUCGGAGUGUCAGCUGCUCUGACUCUUAUGAUGCCCUACUAUCUGCUUGACGGCCACAGCCCUCUACCUGUGGCCUUUGAAUACGUUGGCUGGGAGCCUGCGAAGUAUGUUGUGGCUGUGGGAUCCCUCUGUGCACUCUCAACAAGUCUCCUGGGAGUGAUGUUUCCAAUGCCACGGGUGCUCUUUGCCAUGGCGAGAGACGGCCUGCUCUUCAAGCCCCUUUGUUACCUGAGCUCCAGGCAAAGUCCCGUCAUAGCAACGCUGUCUUCGGGAGCUGUAGCCGCUUUCAUGGUCCUGUUAUUUGACUUAAAGGCACUGGUUGACUUGAGUUCCAUUGGGACCAUCUUUGCCUACACUCUUGUAGCAGUGUGUAUUCUCGUAUUAAGGUACAAAGAAGACCCUGGUUUUGUCCAUAGGAAGGAACCAUUUAGUGUAAUGGGUCUGUUGAGGCCUCCGUCUCGACCCACCAACCGCACCUCUAAAAAUGUCAACAUAGUCACAAUCAUUAUUUUGCUCCUGGUGAUCGCUUUAAGCUUGCUGCUGUCAGAGGCCGUGCAUUCCCUCCGGAGACGAGAGGUGUGGAGCGCCCUGCUGGUCAGCGUCCUCAUGCUGACACUGGUCCUCGCCGUCGCUAUCAUCUGGAGACAGCCACAGAGCACAUCUAAAGCAGCUUUCAUGGUUCCCGGUCUACCUGUAAUUCCAGUUUUAAGUAUCCUCAUGAAUACCUACCUGAUGGUCCAGCUGGGAGGAGAAACUUGGAUCAGCUAUGCUGUAUGGAUGGCAGUAGGCCUGAUCAUCUACUUUGGUUACGGGGUUCAUAAUAGCGUCCAAAAACAAAGGCUGCGGCAGGCAGGCAUCGAACUAAAUGCUGCCGUAAGCGGCGACGUUGCAGCUUGAUGUUGAAGUGCGUGUCGUGUUGCUGUCCACUAGCAUGGAAUUAGCUGCUCACAGAAUGUGUUUUAGGUAGUCAUGGAAUAACCUUGAAACCAGUUUUAGUAUUUUAUUCAGCGAGUUGGAUUGACCCGCUCUUUUGAUGCAUGUUUUUAUGCUAACAAUUGCUUUGUUAAAUGUACAGUAUUAUAUGUUGUACCUGUAAUAUAAGUGUUGUCAUAUUAUCCAUUAUGGCUCAUCAGUAAUUCAGGACUAUGCAAUCUUGGAUAUUUAUUUGUCUGUAUUUGACGUCGUCAAAAAAAAAAUUACGAUCUUUAUUGUGGAAGUCAUUUAAGUCG